ACUCUUCUGUCGUUCAACUGCAGUUUGAGCGUCUGUUGGGGUCUAGGGCAAGGCUUGGAGACAUUGACAUUCCCCAUGAAGUAUUUUCUGAUGGCAUUCCUCUUUACGGUGCUUAGAAGUAUGGUUGAGAAGGAACUGGGGACAUCAUCAUUCAUGUGGAUCAGGAUUUGAUUUCCGUUGUUCACAUUUAAUGAUAACAACAGCAACACAGACAAAGUAGGACCUGCAGAUCUAAUCUGGAGCGAUGACCAGGAAGAAUCCCUAGUUCUAGAGGUGCUGCUCCUCUAAGGACCUUAGCGAGAGGUGGGCACAGCCUCCUCAAACCUCACCUGAAAGAUGAGUGAUGGCACAUGGAUCACGCUUAGUCCAGCAGAGUUUGCUCAGCUCCAGCAGUAUUCUGACUAUUCCUCAAAGAAACUGAAAGAUGUUUUGGAAGAGUUCCAUGGGGAUGGUGUUCUAUCAAAAUAUAAUCCAGAACAGAAACAAGACACUCUGAACCAACCUAUUGACUAUGAAGGGUUCCAGCUCUUCAUGAGAACAUAUCUGGAGGUGGAUACUCCUGAAGAGCUCUGCCAACACCUCUUCAUGUCCUUCAAACGAAAAGUCUGCCAGUAUUCCCCAGAGAGCCAGCGGCAAAGUUCCAGCAUUUCACAGCUCAACAAUCUUGAGUCCAAGACUAUUGACACAGGCAUCUCCAUCCAGACCGAAGUUGCUUGUGCUCCUGUUACAGGGAUCAAUGGAAAAACUCUCCUAAGUGCCAUGGGAAGGCACACGCCUGAAUCCAAAAGCUCCCAGGCAAACCUGGUAGAGCAGCAAUCCGCAUCUCUAAGUCCUGCUCUGACUGCCAACACCCUCGGGAAUGCCUCACCUAGCUGGUCCAGGUCAUCCUCACAGAAAUCCACUGCCGGUACCCCCUCUGCUCACAACUCCUCAGGGUCCUCCAAGAUCUCCUCAGGUUCUCUGCUUAGUCCCCAGUCCCCAGGCUCCAGAAGCUUGGAGAAGAAAUUACCGUUCAACCUCCGAAAGAGCCACAUCUCCCUGAAAACAGCCAGUCCACACCCGCCAGUCCCACUGGCUCAGGUAGUCUACCUGAAGGACAUUGUCUGCUACCUGUCACUGCUGGAAAGGGGACGGGCUGAGGAUAAGCUGGAGUUUAUGUUCCGCCUUUAUGAUACGGAUGGCAAUGGCCUCCUGGACAGCUCGGAGCUGGAUCGUAUAAUCAAUCAGAUGGUUCACGUAGCAGAAUACUUGGAGUGGGACUCCACAGAACUAAGGCCGAUCUUGAAAGAGAUGAUGGAAGAAAUAGACUAUGAUCAUGAUGGAACUGUGACACUGGAAGAAUGGAUUCGGGGUGGCAUGACCACCAUACCCCUGCUGGUUCUGCUGGGCAUGGAAACAAAUGUAAAGGAUGAUGGGCAGCAUGCCUGGAGGCUGAAGCACUUCAAGAAGCCUGCCUACUGCAACUUUUGCCGCACUAUGCUGCUGGGAGUCAGGAAGCAAGGCUUGUGCUGCUCCUUUUGUAAAUACACAGUCCAUGAAAGAUGCGUAUCCAAAGAAAUUGUCCCCUGCAUCAGCACUUACGUGAAAUCCAAGAGAAAUACAAAUGUUAUGCAGCACACGUGGAUUGAGGGGAACUCCCCGGCCAAGUGUGACCGAUGCCAUAAAAGCAUCAAAUGCUACCAGGGCAUUACCGGACUGCAUUGUGCAUGGUGCCAAAUCACACUUCACAACAAAUGUGCCUCUCAUGUGAAACCUGAGUGUGAUGGUGGGCAGCUCAAGGACCACAUCUUACUGCCUUCCCACAUCUGCCCAGUGGUUCUGGAUAGGCAAUCCCACCCAAGAAGAUCAGACAGUGAAUCACCAUCCAGCACCACCCCAGAUGAAACAAACCUGACCUUCAGAUUCAGCACCACCACUGUAGACGGACAUGGGCUGCAGAUUACCCCUAAGCCUGGAACACAUCCACUGUUGGUGUUUGUGAACCCCAAGAGUGGAGGGAGGCAAGGAGAAAGGGUUCAUCGGAAAUUCCAUUAUCUACUCAACCCCAGACAAGUUUACAACCUGGACCGAGGGGGACCCACUCCUGGAUUAAAUUUUUUCCAUGAUGCCCCAGACUUUCGAAUUCUGGCUUGUGGAGGGGAUGGGACGGUUGGAUGGAUCUUGGACUGCAUAGAUAAGAUAAACUUAGCAAAGCACCCUCCUGUGGCCAUCCUGCCCCUGGGAACAGGCAAUGACCUUGCCCGCUGUCUCCGAUGGGGAGGAGGCUAUGAAGGAGGCAACUUAAUAAAAGUUCUGAAGGACAUUGAACACAGUACCGAGGUCAUGCUGGAUCGAUGGCAGAUUGAGGUUAUCCCCAAUGACAAAGAGGAAAACGGGGAUCCAGUCCCAUACAGCAUCAUCAACAAUUAUUUCUCCAUAGGAGUGGAUGCGUCCAUUGCACACAGAUUCCACAUGAUGAGGGAAAAACAUCCUGAAAAGUUCAAUAGCAGAAUGAAGAAUAAAUUGUGGUACUUUGAAUUUGGCACAACGGAAACCUUUGCUGCCACUUGCAAGAAGCUCCACGACUAUGUAGAGAUUGAGUGUGAUGGAACCAUUCUGGAUCUGAGCAGCACUUCACUGGAGGGCAUUGCAGUCCUCAACAUUCCCAGCAUGUAUGGAGGCUCUAAUCUCUGGGGAGAGACCAAGAAACAACGCAGCUAUAACCGGAUGAGCAAGAAAGUACCUGAAAAGUUGCAAUCCUCUGUAGUUACUGAUGCCAAAGAGCUCAAGUUCUGUGUCCAAGACCUCAGUGAUCAACUCCUGGAAGUUGUGGGCCUUGAAGGGGCAAUGGAGAUGGGGCAGAUCUAUACUGGACUGAAAAGUGCUGGCAAGAGGCUGGCCCAGUGUUCCUCCGUCACCAUCAGGACGACCAAGCUGUUGCCAAUGCAGGUGGAUGGAGAGCCCUGGAUGCAGCCACCUUGCACAAUUAAAAUUACCCACAAAAGCCAAGUGCCGAUGUUGCUAGGACCUCCCCAAAAGAGCAGCUUCUUCUUCCUAAGGAGGAGAAACCGAACUCGAGACUAAACGGCAACCAAGGAAAGAACAAUCUUCAGAAGCAACAGUCCUCAAUUCCAGUGGCAACCACACAGAGGAAAAGCCUGUGGAAAAGAAACCUUCAUCCCUUCAAAUUUCCUGGCUUCUGAAUCUGCUUCGGAAACAUCAGUCAGGAGGCAGCAUUAUGAACUCUUAGUGGAAAAUAACAGGGUUAGCGUUCGGCAGUCGAACUGAAAUAGCGGUGUGGGUUUGUAUAUACAUGCACACAUAGCCACAUUCUCUAAAUAUCGCUGGCAGGGAUAACACUAACAUUGCUGGUUCAGGAGGAUUUUUCUCUCCUACAAUGCCACAGUCCAAGGAGGGGAAACUCUCAACUGCUCUGGUUGGCCCUGUGGUGAAAGCUGGGACUCUUCUGAGGAGAGCUGCUCUGGGCAACCGUGAAUUACGCAGCCCUGUCAGAAAGCAGACAAACAGACAUGGAAACAGCAUGUCUGACGUAGCCCCUGCCGAGGUGAUGUGGGAGCGUUUCCCUUUCAUUCGGACUCCCUAGAACCCCUGAAGUUGCUGUUGAAGCAUCAGACGUGGCAAGAAAUCAAGCUCUGCUUAUUUAUUUAUUUUGAAAAAGUACAUCGGAAGACAUUUGGCAUCUCGCUGUACUGCUCUUGUGUUCAACCAAUCCUAUACUUUAUUAGAAAUGUUAUUUAUUUAUUUUUCUUAGUUUAGAAAACAUGGGGGAGAUGAGAAGGGAAAGAAGGAGCACAUGAUUUUUCCAGCUCUUACAGCAACAAUGUCCUUUGCUAGCUGUG